AUGUGGACUACUCUUCCCAAUCUAGACUUUGAUAACGAAAGAGAUUCAUUUGGUGUCACGAUAGGUCCCUAUGGCAAGGAUCGUUUCACGACGUUUGUUGAUCGUGUAUUUCUAUACCGUGAUUCAUCUGACAUUAAAAAGCUUGGUCUUAAAAUCCGUUAUCCUGAAGAUUUUUCUCGUAUCGAUGAUUGGAUCUGCACAGCCGUUAGGCGUAAUGUUUUGGAAGUUGAUCUUCAUGUCUUCUCUGGUGAAAUUGAAGAAGAAGUUGGUUUUCAGUUCCCUCAGAGCCUUUUUAUGUGCAAAACUCUGAAGGUUUUGAAAUUGUAUUCAAAUUCAUGGACUCUUAAGUAUCCUCCUCCUCCGCCAGGGUGUUUUCCAAAUCUUAAGUUCCUCCAUGUUGAAUUUGAUUUCCUCGAUCCGGACACAUUGAAAAAUCUGUUUUCUCGCUGCCCUAUGCUUAAGGAGUUGUCUGUACAUGGAUUCAUUGACUGUGAAUAUGCUAGGGAUUAUGAUAUCUACAAAUGUGCGCCUGAAUUGAACAUGUUGAGAAUAGAAGUGUGUGAUCCUUAUCAGUAUUGCUGUUUUUUCACUAAUACCCCAAAGCUUGAAUACAUUGAUAUUAAAUCAGCAGCUCUAUCAAGUUAUUUCUUAAUGAAUUCAAACGGCCUAGUCAAUGCCAGUAUUGUUUUGGAAGAACGUUGUUCUAAUAAUAAUGAUAAAUACCAACUGUGCCGGUUAGCUGAGUUUUUGUCACAAACAACAAAUGUCAAUCAUCUUUCUCUUGAAAUCCAUGAUUAUUGUCUUCAGGCUUGGUAUGAUUUUGGUAAUGUGAACCAAAUGAAGCUGGUACUUCAUGAUUGCUAUUACUCGGAAGUACUAGCAGUGCUGCUCACAAAAUCACCUAAGCUUGUAGAUCUUGCCUUGGAACAUAGAAUUAAAUCUGAUGAUGAAUAUUCAUUGCCUCAAUGGAAGCAACCAGAGUCUGUUCCUGCUUGUUUGCUGAGAAAUCUCUGCACCAUUACCAUAAAGGGAUUCAGGGGUCAUUAG